UAAGCCCAAAAGGGUAGAAAAAGGAAAGGGCAACGGCAUGAGCGAACCACUCAAAACCAGCAGUGGCCGCCUAGGAGUGCUCACUUCUCAUUUGCUCACUGCUGCUCCUCUCAGUCUCAGGGCUAUGGCUUCCGAGAAAGAGGCUGCUCUCGCUGCCGUUCCUUCUGAUUCUCCUACCAUAUUUGAUAAGAUAAUUAACAAGGAAAUACCAUCCACCGUUGUGUACGAAGAUGAAAAGGUUCUAGCUUUCAGGGAUAUAUCUCCUCAAGCACCAGUUCACAUCCUAAUCAUACCUAAAGUAAAGGAUGGGCUUACUGGAAUUUCUAAGGCAGAGGAGAGACACUAUGAGAUUCUUGGCCGUCUUCUUCACACAGCCAAGCUUGUUGCAGAACAAGAAGGUCUUCAGGAUGGCUACAGGCUUGUGAUCAACGACGGGCCAAAAGGAUGUCAAUCCGUUUACCAUCUUCACAUCCAUCUGCUUGGGGGACGUCAAAUGAACUGGCCAGCCGGCUAAGAUGGAAUUUAUACGGUACUCGCUACGAAUCUCUCUGGCUGCACACUCUGAAUUGAAGUAGCUGUAAUUUUAAUAAAAGUGUUUAUGAACUUUGCCUGCCUCUUACAUUGCAACUGAUAUAAACUUCCUUUGUUCGGUACAUUCGUAACAUGUGCAGACAUAUUUCGUGGGCUUUUAAAAGUUUCCUAAGACCUCA